GAAGCCUUUAACAAGAAGAUCGGUGCCCCCACGGUCUCGUAUUGCUCACUUAUCGAGUGACACGUACGGCACGCGUACAUACUGCACUGAAGAAUUCUAUACCGGGCUAUUGGCUUGUCUCGUAGCAAUUGCACGCGUCUGGGUUGGUUAUCUCCAGUACUGACGUGUACGGCUGUCGGCGGCAUUGUACUUUUUUUCAUAUCGUAUAUCCAGUUCCGCUCAAUCGUCUCAGAAAGUCGGUUUCUCACAAUCACCAUGGACCCCCGCAACGCAGAGCAAGAAAACCAGCCAGAGGAGCCCCGCUUUCUCAACUUCAAGCACCAACCCGCAGGCACGCAGCGAGAUGGAAAGCCCGUCCUGAACCGGUGGUCUUCAACCCUUACAAAUGGCCAUGACUUUCCUGGGGCGCAGGCCAUGCUGUACGCCGCUGGUGUUCCGAACAAAGAAGCGAUGAAGACGCAACCCCACGUCGGUAUCGCAAGCGUGUGGUGGGAAGGCAAUCCCUGCAACAUGCAUUUGCUCGAUCUAGGCAAAGAAGUCAAAAAGAACUGCCUACAAGAUGACAUGCUCGCAUGGCAAUACAACACGGUCGGGGUGUCAGAUGGAAUCACAAUGGGCGGAGAAGGAAUGCGCUUCUCCCUCCAAACCCGCGAAAUCAUCGCCGACAGUAUCGAAACCGUAACCUGCGCCCAACACCACGACGCCUGCAUCGCCAUCCCCGGGUGCGAUAAGAACAUGCCCGGCGUCAUCAUGGCCUUUGCGCGGCACAACCGGCCUUCGCUCAUGAUUUACGGCGGCAGCAUCAAGCCCGGCUACUCGGAGACGCUGAAGAAGCCGAUCAACAUCAGCACCGCGUACGAGAAGUUUGGCGCGUACGUGUACAAGACGCUGCAGAGUGCGGAGGAGGGGAAGUACACACCGGACGAGAUCAUGGAGGAUAUCGAGAGGAAUGCGUGUCCCGGCGCGGGAGCUUGCGGGGGGAUGUACACGGCGAAUACUAUGAGUACGAGUAUUGAGGCCAUGGGUCUCUCCCUACCCAACUCGUCCACCACGCCCGCCGAAAGCCCCGCCAAGAUGCGCGAAUGUGCCAAAGCCGCCGCCGCAAUCCGCAUCUGCAUGGAGCAGGACAUCACGCCGCGUAAGCUAAUGACGAAGGCAUCUUUCGAGAACGCGCUCGUAAUGAUGAUGGCGCUCGGUGGGUCCACAAACGCCGUCCUGCAUCUGCUCGCCAUGGCCGGCACUGCUGGCGUACCGCUCACGCUCGACGACUUCCAGCGCGUGUCGGACAAGAUCCCAUUCUUGGCGGAUCUCGCGCCGUCGGGGAAGUACUUUGCCGCUGAUCUGUUUGAAAUCGGUGGUAUGCCAGCGGUGAUGAAAUUGAUGGUUGCUGCAGGCUUGCUGAACGGCGAUAUUCCUACAGUGACGGGGAAGACGCUGAAAGAAAACAUUGAGCCGUAUCCGUCGCUCCCGCAGGACCAGGUUAUCAUACGCCCGCUGAACAACCCCAUCAAAAAGACUGGCCACAUUGAGAUCCUGAGGGGUAAUCUUGCACCGCUGGGUGCGGUGGCGAAGAUCACUGGAAAGGAGGGGCUGCUGUUCAAGGGCAAGGCACUGGUCUUUGAUAAGGAGCAUGAACUUGAUGCCGCGCUGAACAAGGGGACGAUCCCGCGGGGCGAAAAUGUCGUCGUGGUUGUGCGUUACGAAGGGCCAAAGGGUGGGCCAGGCAUGCCAGAACAACUCAAAGCUUCGGCAGCGAUCAUGGGCGCGGGGCUGACGAACAUCGCUCUGAUCACGGACGGGCGGUACUCGGGUGCGUCACACGGCUUCAUUGUCGGACAUAUAUGCCCUGAGGCUGCGGUUGGUGGACCAGUGGCAGUGGUCAGGAACGGGGAUGUGAUUACAAUUGAUGCGGAGAAGAACCGGAUUGAUAUGGAUGUGUCGGAUGAGGAGAUCCAGAAGAGGCUCAAGGAUUGGAAGAAGCCGCAUGCGGCGGUGACGAGGGGUGUGCUUGCGAAGUAUGCGAGGCUUGUGGGUGACGCGAGCACGGGAGCGAUGACGGAUCUUUUCUAGAACCGAUAAAAAUGAGAUGGGCUGUUGUACGAGUAUGUUGUUAUCAAUAUCGUAGUUUGGGAU